GGGCAACCCAGCAGGUUGGCCCGCAGGUGCAGAAGGUGCAGGCAGCUGCUACCCUCCUGUCCCUUCCCUGCCCUGCCCAGAGGGACAGCAUUUGGGCAUGAUGGCUGGAGGACAGGAGAGGAGCAUGAAGACUUUGAAAGAGGUGUGGAGAAGAGCAGAAAACUCUUUUUGUGCAGACUGCGGGAAGCCAGACCCUGACUGGGCAUCCUCUACUUUGGGUGUCUUUAUAUGCCUCAGCUGCUCAGGAAUUCACCGCAACAUCCCUAGCAUCAGCAAAGUAAAAUCUCUGAAGAUGGAUCACUGGGAUGAUGCUCAGGUGCAGUUUCUGGCCAAGCAUGGGAAUGCUGUGACUAAAGCCACAUACGAAGCUCACAUCCCUAUUUACUAUUAUCAGCCAACCUACAAUGACUGCCAAGUGCUGAGAGAACAGUGGAUACGGGCCAAAUACGAACGCAAAGAGUUCACGGAGCCGGGAAAGCAGCUGCCAUAUUCUGAUGGGGUGAAGGAAGGCAUCCUCUGGAAGCGAGGCCGAGACAAUGGGCAGUUCCUACCCCGCAAGUUCCUCUUGUCUGAGAGAGAGGGAUGUCUGAAGUAUUUCACCAAGCAGGAUGCCAAAGAACCCAAAAUCAAUGUUAAAAUAGAUGUCAUCAAUGCUACGUUCCAGCCAGUGAAGAUUGGGAACCCCAAUGGCCUGCAGAUCACCUAUCUCAAAGACAACAAGACCCGGAAUAUAUUUGUCUACCAUGAAAGUGGAAAGGAGGUGGUGGACUGGUUCAAUGCCAUUCGCUCUGUGCAGUUCCACUACCUGAAGGUAGCGUUUCCCAUCGCCAGUGAUAAUGAGAUUAAAAAUCGGCUGACAAGAAACUUCCUGAAGGAGGGAUACAUGGAGAAGACUGGCCCCAAGCAGAGAGAGGCUUUCAAGAAGCGCUGGUUCACCCUGGAUCACCGCAGGCUCAUGUACUUCAAGGACCCUUUGGAUGCAUAUGCUAAGGGUGAGGUGUUUGUGGGCAGCAGAGAGAAUGGCUAUAGCGUCCAGAAGGGAUUGCCUUCAGGGACACAGGGCAACUUCUCAUGGCACUAUGGCCUCACUAUUGUCACCCCUGACCGGGAGUACCUCUUCACCUGUGAGACUGAGACUGACCAGAUGGACUGGAUUGCAGCCUUCAAUAGUGUCAUCAAUCAGGCAAUGACACCACAGGAAUAUGCAAUUGAAGCCUACUUCAAGUUUAAAUCCUAGGAAGCUGUGCCAGAACCUUGCUAUGACUCAACUCUACCUGAUCCUGUUUGAUGGGCUGUCAGGAGAGGAGAGAUCAACAUCAGAGAAACACAGUGCUCUUUAAGCACCCUUUG